CUGUUCUCUGGAAGCUCACCUGUUGGCUGAGUCCAGGUACUCCUCCUCCUCUUCCUCUCCUCCUCUUCCUCCUCCUCUUCAACGUACAAAGAAACAAAAUGGAGCUGAAACUACCUGGCUGAAGGAGAAGUACAGUUGCGCUCAAUGUUAUGCAUCAGGUGAAGUUUAGUUUGAGUAUUUGAGAGUAAAUAGUGAGAUAAGUCGACAGAGACUCGAGGAAAGAGGAUUAAACAUGUUGUGGGCGGUGAUCAUCGCAGCCUUAAUGGCUACAGAGUCCACCAUGGCCAUCUCGGUCCAGUGCCCCACCAAGAGGUACAUCGUCAUCCUCUUCCAGCCCGUCACCCUCAUCUGCAACUUCCAGACCACCGCCACCCAGCCUCCCGUUGUCACGUGGAAGUACAAAUCGUAUUGCCGGGACCCCAUCCAGGCUGCGUUGAAUCCCAGCAGUGCCGAGAACAUCCUGUCUCAGAGCAACCCCAACUACGACGCCAACAUCGAGUGUGCCGACUCCCAGAGGACGGUGCGCAUAGUGGCCUCCAAGCAAGGCAACGCCGUUACGCUCGGCUCGGAUUUCCAGGGUCGCAAGAUCAGCAUCCUGAACAAUGCAGACCUGAAUAUCGCGCAGACGGCAUGGGGCGACAGCGGCGUCUACGUCUGCUCUGUGAUCUCUUCCCAGGACCUUACAGGAAACGGCGAAGACUACACAGAGCUAAUUGUACUCGAGAGAAAGUCAAAUACCACUGACCUCCUGCCUGGCAUUGACUUACUGGUUAUGGAAGACUGGCUCCUGGUCGUUGUGGUGGUUUUGGGCUUCUUGUUGCUGCUGCUCCUGAUCGGGAUCUGCUGGUGUCAGUGCUGUCCACACACCUGUUGUUGCUACAUCAGCUGCCCCUGCUGCCCCGACCGCUGCUGCUGCCCACGAGCAUUGUACGAGGCAGGAAAAGCAGUGAAGAAAGGUGGUAUUCCAAUGAGCCACUAUGCUCCCACCAUGUAUGCUCCCAGUAUGUAUGCUCAGCCGGCAUACGGUGGCCCGCUGAUGAACCAGCCUGGUAUGCCUCUGCUUCCACUACCCAACGGGGCUGGACCGCCACCUCCGCACAAUGGUUACAGUCGUGAUUACGACGGCGCCAGCUCGGUUGGACACGGCUCCCAGGUGCCUCUGCUGCAUGACCACGACGGUGGAGGCGACCCUACUCGCAGCGGGUAUCGUAUCCAGGUGGACCCCGACGGGAACGCCACACGUGCCAUUUACUAUAUGGAAAGGGAGCUGGCCAACAUGGACCCAUCCAGACCUGGAAACUACAAACGCUUGGAUGCUAUGACCGAAGUCAGUUCCCUGCACGAUGGCAUGGAUCCUCGAGGCCGCGGGGGGCGUUCCCAGCCGCCACCUCUGGCCACGGUCUAUGACAGGGAUGAGGCCAUGAGCACCAUCAGCAGUGUUUCCCAGCAAGGCCGCCGCCGCGACGACUACCCGCGUCAAGGUGGAGGGUACAUGGGGGAUCGUGUUCGUGCCCGCUCCAUGGACAACCUCGACGACAUUGGACGGCGCUACGGCCGGGACGACAACCCGCCACAGCGGCGUCCAGAUGAGAACAGAGGCAGGAGAGGCUCUGAUGACGGGUGGAGCAGUAGCGCCCGCAGCGGACAAAGCCGCGACUUUGACGACCGCAGACGUCGUGACUACUCCCCCGAGGAUCGUCGGAGAGGAGACGGAGGGGGCUACGGCGCCCUCCCGGGGAGACGCAGCCGCAGCCGCGACGAUCUGAUGGACCUGGAGAAGGACCGCAGGGGCAGGCGAGAGGAUUAUGAUGACAGCUUCCUGCGAGAAGCCAUGGAGAGGAAGAAGAUGGGCGAGCAGCAGAGGGCGCGCAGCCGGGAGCGACUGGACAGCGAGAGUGACCGUUCGGAUCGGGGGAGGGCGCCACGCGGGCCCCCGCCACUUCCUCAGAUGCCGCCCUCUGGACACCCCGGUCGCCGUGACGACUACCCACCUCCUCCACCACCGCCGUACAGUGAUAAUGAAAGUAUGUCAUCUUCAAAGAAAACCAACCUCCGCAAGAAUGGAGCUGUGAGUCGGGAGAGCCUGGUGGUGUAAAACCAGCUGCGACGUGAGCAACACGUCCAAUAACGCAGCUCUGGAUCAGCUGAUUUUAUUAAGACUGUAAAUAUUAGUCACGCUGCUAAUUCGCUGUGCUGAUUGUUAUGUUGCAUAAUUUACAGUAAAGUUAUGACGAGUUGAUGCAGAAUGUGUAUGUAUACUUUUCUAAACAGGGAGGAGGUGCACAGAUGAAAUGUUAAAUGUGCCUUUUCAUGUAUAAAACAUUGUGGCUGCCACAAGUGCCUUAGAGAGUGUACAGAAUUUUACUUGUAGACGUGAAAGUUGAUAAAUGAUUAUCUGUAAAGGUGUUUACAUCUUGACGAGUAAACAUGUCCCAAUUGGUUUCAACCUUUUUUUUUUUUUUUACUUUUAUGUAGUUUCAGUUAGCUUAUACAGGUACUGAUGUAUAUUUGUAGGGUUCUAUAGAUUUUUCUGGCUUUUUAUGAGUGAAAAAUGAAUUUGUUUUUAUAAGAAAAACUAUGUACAUUUAAAGGAAUUUAUUUGAUCUCUGCUUUUAGUUGUUUUUAUAGCAUGCUCAAUGUGUUUAGAAACCUGGUGAACAGAAGACUUGGUUAGAAUUUGUGUUUCACAUUUUUAUUUUUUUUGUUUUCUUUCUCAGUUGUAACCUGCAGGAUGUUGUACAGCCGAAUACACUCUUAAAAACACAAAUGUUUCACUGAUUUUACAAUAAAGGGUCUCUAUUGCCAGGCCAUUUUAUUUGA